CUCAUAGGCAUUCCUCUCAUUUUCGGAACGAUGACGAUUGGGGAGGAAGGGAAGAACGGGACGCGGACUUUCACUCUUGAAGAAGCGCAAACCAUCAUUGACGUGUUUCUUGGCGAAGGAUACACCGAAUUGGACACCGCCCGAGCCUAUGGGAAAGGAACGACAGAGGAGUACCUAUCCAAGUUAAAUCUUGGAAAUGCCACCAUCGAUACUAAAGUCUUCCCUUUCACACCGGGAGAUCAUAAGCCCGAGAAGCUUCGCGAGACCUUCAAAGCUUCUCUUGCCGCGCUUGGUCGCAGCAAGGUUCGAGUGCUGUAUCUACAUGCUCCUGAUCACAGUGUCCCAUUCGAGGAAACCGUUGGCGAGAUCAACAAACUAUACCAAGAAGGGUUAUUCGAAAUUUUUGGUCUGUCAAAUUUCGCAGCGUGGGAGGUCGCUGAAAUAGUCGGGAUCUGCAAAGCGAAUGACUGGGUCCUCCCAGGAAUCUAUCAAGCGAUAUACAAUGGAAUCACUCGUUCCAUUGAACCAGAACUUGUGCCUUGCCUUCGAAAGUACAACAUUCGUCUCGUAAUCUAUAAUCCGUUGGCAGGUGGUUUCUUCGCUGGAAAGCUUACGAGUGUGACGGACGAAGGAGAAAAAGGCGGUCGCUUUCAUCCAGUCUCUGGCUUAGGACCUAGGUAUCGUGCUCGUUACCUCAAGAAUGCAUAUCUGAGCGCACUCGAAGGUCUGAAGCCUGUAGCGGAGAAACAUGGGUUGCGACUAACCGAAAUCGCGCUUAGAUGGGUUCAGCACCACAGCAUCCUGAAACCGGAGGACGGCGUUAUUCUUGGGGCCAGCAGCGCUGCUCAACUCAGGCAGAACCUCGAAGAUAGUGCCAAAGGCCCACUGGCCCAAGAAGUAGUGGAGGCAGUUGACAAAGCUUGGGCCGAUGUUGGACUGGCGUGUGCCCCGUACUUCAUUUGAGGAAAUCGUUCGAAUCGACAGGCGAAGCAGCCUAUAGAACAGCAAGCGCCAAUUGCGCAGGUGUGGAAUGAAACGGAAUACUCACUAAGCUAUGACGGCAAAGGGUUGGAAUGUAAUCAUCCAUGAUGAAUGCUAGUUUGGAAGUAAUCAAAAUACAGCAUUAUUGCGCUGUGUUCUAG